AUGCAAGAGGUCAUAGCGGGCCUGGAGCGUUUCUCCUUCACCUUCGAGAAGGAUGUGGAGUCGCAGAAGGGCGUGGGCCUCCUGCCUUUCCAGUGCAUGGACAAGUCGGGCUCAGCGAUGUGCAACUUCUUCACUAAAGGGCUCUGUGGGAAAGGGAAGUUGUGCCCCUUCCGGCACGACCAGGCCGGGAAGCAGGUGGUGUGCAAGCACUGGCUGCGGGGGCUGUGUAAGAAGGGCGACCAGUGCAAGUUCCUGCACCAGUACGACGCGGCCAGGAUGCCCACCUGCUACUUCUACUCCAAGUUCGGGGGUUGCAACAACAAGGAAUGUUCCUUUCUCCACGUGAACCCAGCUGGCAAGACCGGGACCUGUCCUUGGUAUGACCAAGGUUUCUGCAAGGACGGCCCCCUGUGUAAAUACCGCCACGUCCGCAGGAAGAUGUGCAUGAACUACUUAGUUGGCUUCUGCCCCCAGGGACCUGAGUGCCAAUUUGCACAUCCCAAGAUGAAUGUUUUAUUCAACCCAAGUUGCCCGAAGUCUGUCAACUGGCCAUGUGGCUCAGCACCUCCUGCUUCUGCCUGGAAUCCUGGCAAACCCUGGACCUUGACAGAGCGCCCAUUGCUCCACCCUCAGAGGAAGCCGCAGGAGUGCCCACCGCCCGGCCCCUGGCUCAGGGGGCCAGAGCAAGUUCCCUGCUACCACUGUGGAAAGAUGAGCCAUUAUGCCAGAAAGUGCAGUAAGACUCAGCUGGUGGGAGUUAUCAAAAAAUGAGCCCUGGUCUGUCUGGGGAAUUGGAAGACCUGGUGAUGACCCCCAGUGGCCCUUCUCCGGAAGUCUGCUCCCAGCACCCCAGGGCGCCUGCUACCCGCCCAACGGAUGUGAGGUACAGAAGCAGCCAUGGCGCUGAGCUUGAUUUCGCUUCAUCCUGGCAAUGAAUGAGCUUCUAAAAAUAUAGGAUUGGAGGCAGAGGGCCUGUAGCAGGCAUGAGUCGCCCAGAGCACGGCGGGGGCUGGGGGGCAUGGGGGAGCACAUGGACACCCCAAAGCUGGAGCAUGCAGGAAAUGUGGUCAUUACAUAUGCUCAACCCUCGCACAGCUGAGGAGAGCCGGCUGCAUGUGGCAUCUCCCUUGCAGGUGGUCCUGAGCCUCUCAACUGGCAAUUAAAUCAAAUGGUUUUCUUUAGCACACCAGCUGCUUUCCCGUACGGCCUCCUUAAACUUCCAAAUAUACUCUGUGCACACUUGAUGUGGGGACUCGUGGGGAGGCAGGUGGAGCGGGCUCACCGGGCAGGUAAGGCAGACACGGUAUUACCGGUUCAGGCCAGACUCUCUGCUACUUACUGUACAACUCAGAGCCCCUGACCAUGGAGGAAGGAGGGGGAGGUUAGGCUGAGUCUUUUGGAGAAAUGGGGAAGA